CGACUUGGGCAGAGCUUCAACUUAGUCGGCAUCUGCCUCUUCAUGCGCGUGCUCUUUGGGAAGAACGAGUGGGCGCUGCCGCAUGUGAGCGUGCCGUCCAUAGCCUGGGUGGAUUGGGAGGCCCUGCGCAAGGCAGGCUUUGAGGGCUGCGUCUUUGACAAGGACAACACGCUGACGGAGCCCUAUGCGGAUGAGGUGGCUCCGCAGCUGCUGCCCAGCCUGCGCAGGUGCCAGCAGGCCUUCGGCGGCCGCCUAGUCCUGUUCAGCAACUCUGCUGGGCUUGCGCAAUUUGACCCCCGAGGGCACGAUGCGGAUGCGUUGGAAACCGCGCUUGGGAUCCCUGUGCUGAGGCACACCGAGAAGAAGCCGGCCGGGGAAGCUGCCACUUUGGAAGCCCACUUUGGGUGCUCGCCGUCGAAACUGGUGAUGAUAGGGGACCGCUACCUGACAGACGUGGUGUACGGCAACAGGCAUGGCAUGCUGACCAUCCGGCCCACACCCCUCACACUCUCUGGGGAGCCCCUUGCAGUGCGCCUGGCGCGGAGGAUUGAAAGCUUCUUUGUGAAACAAUGGAGGGGGAAAGGC